AGAGCUUCGCGUCCUGGACAGCAUGGCCACCGGCCCCCUUGGUCUGUGUCUUCUGGCCACUGUGGCUUUGAUCGUGGACGCCUCUGUCAGCAACUGGUGGAAUUUGGUGCCUAGGAAAACAGUGCCCUACAAAGAACUGAAGGACGUGACAAAGCAUUUUUCCAAGGCAGGGGUGUUUGACUAUACAACAUUGACGUUGGAUCACGCCAAAGGACUUCUCUACGUCGGGGCUCGGGAAGCCAUUUUUGCCCUAAGCACCAGCACUGUGGAGCUCAAGGAAGCGAUCUUCUGGGAGGCUCCAGCAGAGAAGAAAGCAGAGUGCAUCCAGAAGGGCAAAAGUAACCAGACCGACUGCUUCAACUACAUCCGUUUCCUGCAGACCUACAAUAGCUCUCACAUGUACACCUGUGGCACUUAUGCAUUCCAGCCCAAAUGCGCCUACAUUGAUCUGGCCAGUUUCUCUCUCGACAGGCUGUCAUUUGAAGAUGGAAAGGGAAAGUGUCCCUAUGACCCAGCUAAGGGACACACAGGCCUCAUUGUGGAUGGAGAUCUGUACUCGGCAACGCUCAACAACUUUCUGGGCACCGAGCCUGUGAUCCUGCGCAACUUGGGCUUGCGCUCUUCGGUCAAGACGGAGUACUUGCCUACCUGGCUCAAUGAACCCCACUUUGUGGGCUCGGCUUACAUCCAGGAGAGUCUAGGAAGCGAGAACGGUGAUGACGACAAGGUCUACUUCUUCUUCAGCGAGCGGGCCUUGGAGUACGACUGUGACACAGAGCACCUGGUAGCCCGGGUAGCCAGAGUCUGCAAGGGGGACUUGGGUGGAGCCCGCACGCUGCAGAAGAAAUGGACGACGUUUUUGAAGGCACGGCUGGUGUGCUCCAUUCCAGAGCAGCAACUCCAUUUCAACCGGAUUCAGGGGUCCUACACGCUGACCGGGGACUACUGGCGUGACACCAGCUUCUUUGGGGUCUUCCAAGCGCGCUGGGGAGGAGUGGAUGUUUCUGCUGUCUGCCAAUACCAGAUUGAGGAUGUGCAGAAGGUGUUUGAAGGACCCUACAAGGAGUACAGGGAGCAAUCCCAGAAGUGGGGUCGAUACUCAGACCAAGUGCCAACUCCUCGGCCUGGAUCUUGUAUCACUGGUUGGCACCGGCACAACAACUUCCACACAUCCAUGGAGCUGCCGGACAACACCCUCAACUUUGCCAAGAAGCACCCGCUGAUGGACGAGGUGGUGGCGCCCCAAGGGAACCGGCCCUUGCUGGUCAAGAAGGAUGCCAACUUCACCCAGUUGGUGGUAGAGCGGGUGCACGGCCUGGAUGGCAAAGCCUAUGAAGUGCUGUUUGUUGGGACAGAUAAUGGCUGGUUGCACAAAUCUGUGAUGUUGCCCUCGGGUAUCCAUCUUAUUGAAGAGCUACAGAUCUUUGACCAUGCCCAGCCUGUCAAGAGCCUAGUGCUAUCCCCGCAGAAGAGGGUGCUGUUUGCCGGUUCCCACUCCCAAGUUACCCAGCUUCCUGUGGCUGAUUGCAGCAAGUACCACUCUUGUGCCGACUGUAUCCUUGCCAAGGACCCCUACUGUGCCUGGAGCAGGAAUGGUAGUUCCUGUGUUCGCAUUGACACCUAUGACGGGUCCUCGAUGCUCUUCCAGGAUUUGGGAGUGCAGCCAGCAAUCUGCAGCCCCAUGCGGGCGGUCAGACCAGCAGCCAAGAUAAUUGCCAAGAAUAUCACAGUGAUGGCGGGCACAGACCUAGUGCUUCCUUGCCGCCUCACCUCCAACCUGGCCAAGUCCCGCUGGACCUUCAAUGGGCAGGAGCUGCUUGAAGAGCAGACCUCUGUGUUGUAUGACUCCCAUCUCCAGGCCCUGAUCAUCUUGGGUGCCAGCCCAAGGCACACUGGUACAUACAGGUGCUCUCAGGUGGAAGAGCGGAACGAACUGAUGGUGGAAGGCUAUGCGGUAGUGGUGGUCUCUGGCCCGGCCCUGUCGCUGGAGGCACGGGCUCCACUGGAGAACUUAGGCGUGGUAUGGAUGGUGGUGAUUGCUCUGGCAGCCGUGUGUUUGGUGCUUCUGCUGGUGGUGUUAUCCUUGAGGCGCAGACUGAAGGAGGAGCUUGAGAAGGGCUCCAAAGCUAUCGAGAGCACUCUGGUCUACCCCAUCGAGCUGCCCAAGGAGUCCAAGAGCCCCACCUUCAUCCCCAGCACCACCUCAGACUCUGACGAGAAGCUGUGGGACCCAGCCAGCUACUACUACUCGGACGGCUCCCUUAAGAUCGUGCCGGGCCAUGCUGUGUGCCAGAAUGGGGGCACCACCCCUUCUCCCACCGCCAAUGGCAUCCCUGGCCAACCACUCCAGUCCCCGCCCCUCCACUCGCCCAAUCGCAUCAACCUGGGCAACAUCCGAGGCUCUUCUUCCAAUGGCUACAUCCGCCUCAACCUUGGUGCCGAAGAGCGGCCAGACUACAGCGACCUUGCCGAGGAGCUGCGCCGCAAACUCAAACAAAGGCAGGCUCUGCCUGACUCCAACCCUGAGGAAUCGUCAGUAUGAGCUGCGCUGUGGACAUGUACGCUACACAACUACCUCAUAAACAAGGCUGGGAUCACUGCCCUUAGCCAGGACUACUUUUUAAAGAAAUCCUAUUUAAGGACUUGCUUCAGGCGUUCUUUUCCUAACGCCCUCUUUACAUCCACAAUUUUUAUACACUUCCCAUUGCUCCUUCCCAUGUUCUUCAGUGUUUUUUUCCAACUGUGCUUCCUUCUUGGACAUUCCCGGGACCGUGUGGGAGGGAUUUUCAUUCUUCCUUUGCCUUGGACGGUGAGUCUGACCUCACUGACCCAUUGAUGGGCGGACUGUUGGGCCAAGCCCAGGCCUAUUUCUUGUU